CCGGAGUCGGAGUCCGUCCAACUUGGUUCGCGCGCUGCGACGGCGACACGCAGCAGCGGGAGAGCGAGAGAGAGACUGGGAAGGAAGGCUGCUCUGGCUGGGAGACGUUGGCAGCAGCACCAGCUUUCUCUGUGCUGGGACUGCUGGUCUGGCGCCUGGAUUGGCUAGGAAGAAGGCGGCGGGGCAGAUGCCCAUUAGGCUGUCUCUGAAGGAUUUUUGAACACCUAACAGGAAUUUUCAUAAACAAGCAGAACUCCUGCCAAGCAAAAGCCUCCUUGUUUUCCAGUUUCUACUCUCCUUUUCGAAAGCACUACUGUACUUUUGUGGAGGAGAGGAAAACUGGAAAAAAGAUUUGACUAUGGAGAUGAAACCAUGAAGAAACAAUAGAAAGAAUAAUAAUGUUUUUCCGAAAUCGUUUUGUGUUUUUGUUGGCCUUGGCAGCCUUAUUAGCUUUUCUGAGCCUUAGCCUACAAUUCUUACACUUGAUCCCUGUUACCCCAGUCAAAGAAGAUGGAUUGAACUCCAAGAACCGAAAAAGGAUAAUGCCUGAUCCUUUGACAGAGUCCCCUCCAGUUGAUCCCACUUAUGAAGCUAAGUUUUAUUGUAACAUCCCCAGUAUACCUGAGCACAGCAUGGAAGGUCAUGCACCUCAUUAUUUUAAGCUAGUGUCUGUUCAUGUGUUGAUUCGCCAUGGGGAUCGAUACCCUCUUUAUGCCAUUCCCAAAACUAAAAGACCAAACAUUGACUGUACAUUAGUGCCUAACAGAAAGCCUUCUCAUCCUCAGCUGGAAGCUUUUAUUGGCCAUAUGUCAAAACUUGGAUCAGAAGCCAAAAUGGAUAGCACUCUGAGCAGCAUGCCUCGUUAUCCCAGCCAUUUACUGUGUGAAAUGGGAGAACUUACACAGACAGGGGUUGUGCAGCAUUUGCGAAAUGGACAGCUACUACAGGAUAUUUAUAUAAAGAAGCAUAAUCUGAUACCAAGUGACUGGUCAGCAAAACAUUUGUAUUUGGAGACCACUGGAAAGAGUCGAACACUGCAGAGUGGACUGGCAUUACUGUAUGCCUUCCUACCAGAUUUUGACUGGAAUAAAAUUAAUUUUAGACACCAGUGGAGCACCAUUUUCUGUUCUGGAAGUUGUGUUUGUCCAAUAAGAAACUAUUAUCUUGGAGAGGAUCAGCGUCGACAGUAUAGUCUACGUGUUACAAACAUACACUUAGAAAAAACAUAUGCAGAUAUGGCAAAAAUAAUUGGCAUCCCUACAAAACAGUUGAGAGCUUCUAAUCCUGUAGAUUCUCUGUUGUGCCAUUUUUGCCAUAAUGUCAGUUUCCCAUGUACUAAGAAUGGCUGUAUUACCAUGGAGCACUUUAAAGUAAUUAAAGCACAUCAACUUGAAGAUGAAAAAGAGAGGCAGGAGAAGAAAUAUUAUUACUUGUAUGCACUACUGGCAACCUACCCUUUUCUUAACCAGACUGUGAAUCGUAUGCAGCGCAUUGCAGAGGGCAAAGGGGGAGAAUUAUUUGUUCUGUACUCUGCUCAUGAUGUCACCUUGUCACCUGUCCUUAGUGCCUUAGGCAUUACUGAGGCCAGGUUUCCAAGAUUUGCAGCUAGAUUAGUCUUUGAGCUGUGGAAAGAUGGGAAAAAGAACAAAGAACACUUCAUUCGUAUCCUUUAUAAUGGUGUUGAUGUCUCAUCACAAACUUCCUUCUGCCGGGAUUAUAACCAGCGUUACAACAAACCAAUGUGCCCUUUUGAGAAAUUUGUUCAUUUUGUUAAUCAAGACAUGUUUUCACCUUUUAAUACCACCAAUUAUUAUGAUGCAUGUCGCAGGAGACUCUUCUAAAAGAGGAAUAAAUAAAUGUUACAUUUUGUAUUGUCAGAAAGUUCAUCUUUAAGGAAAUCUGACACUGUCAAAUCUUUGUAUGCCUAAGUGCAAAUGAAAAAAGCUUGAAAUGGUUUUAGUUUUGCCAAAACCCAGUGGUUUAAAGUAGAAAAAAAUAUCUAAUGCCCAUCACAGGAUAUAUGUGCAUUCUGGUCAACUUGAUUUGUCUCUGAGCUGCUGUAAAAUAAAUAUUGCUUGAAGAACUGAGUGUAUAUUCUGAUUCCUAGAUACUCCACUGCAAAGGUGGAACAAAAAAAAAUCCUUUGAAUACUUGGAAUAAUAGAAAGUAUUUCUCCAUUCUUAUAGAGCUUAAAGUAUUUCUGAAGUUGUAAUCCAGUGAAGUCAAAGGGCAUACAUUUUGGAGAUACAUGAAUACAAAUGUACAAAUGCUUUUUGCACACACAGCUCUAUAGCAUGUGAUCUUUAAUUAUUGUGAGGAAAUAUAAUGGAGGUCCCAUCCUACAGAAUGUUGGCAGCAUGAUUUCUGCUGAAAAGUGUUACUGUAAUCUGGGAACAGUGUGGGAGUUGUAAUGUUUACCAAUGAUUUCUUAUGUAGAUGGGCUGGAAAUUGAGGGAAGCCUGCUUGCCAACAUGCUGCAAAGAACCUUGUACAUAAUCAGUGUUAGCUGAUCCAUGUGGGAAACCAUUUAAAAACAGUGCAGCCUCCCAUGGGGCCUCCUCCCCCACUUGGCAGAAACCAAACCAUACCAUAUCACAUACAAAGGAAACCCCUAGGACACAUGGAAAUGAGUUCCAUUCUUUGCACUUUUAGCACUUUAUGUGUACAUCAAAUGCAAAUUACAAUUUUUGUGCCAGAUGGUAGAAAAGGAUUAAGAAGUACAUACAGUGUCAUUAGAUGGAGAAUGGAAAACUGUACAUCAGACUUUUAAUACAUUGAUUUUAGGGUCUUUGUUUACUUAUGUGUUCAAAUCAAUGUGCUGUGAUGGAAAACAGUGUGUUUAGCAGUUGGUUGUAAUGGCUGCAUGUAGCCAAAAGAAAAAAAAAAUGACUUGAUGCUUGAUUUUGUAGCCCAUUUAGUACUUUUAUAGACUAGGAAGACAUUUUAUAAGCUUUGUCUUGUUUUUUACUGUACAGUGCGUGUACUAAAUGGUUUUUUACCUUCUUUGUAAAAGGGAUGCCAAAUGCCAUUUUCAAACUUUAUCCUUUAAUCAUGGUAAACAGGUUUACAAAUAAAUUGUCAAGAAUGAUUUUACCUUGAUAAACUAUUAAGAUGUCACAAUUCCAUUUUUAAACAUUGGUGUCAUUCAGGAUUUUUUUUUGUCAACUUGGAGAAGAUUUUCUUUAUUUGUGAAAUGCUAAAUUUUUAUAAUGCUGAAGUUUUUAACAUGCUAAAAACCCUAAUUUAGUGUGGGGUACUUGUUGAAACAGUGAUAGAAAUUCAGAGGAGCUGUAAUUUAAUUUGUGGUUCUGACUUUAUAGGCAUGUCAGCCUCCUUUGAAAUGGUGCAUUUGAAUGUUUCUAUAAAUAAAAAUUUAGAAGAAUU